ACAGGAAAUCGAAAGUGAAACAGGGAGCCGGCGAGUAUCUGCUAAGUCCCUUGAAAAGGCCACUGGAAGAUCUCCCCAGUGCUGCUUAAUAGGAACAUUACCCCUAUGGCCUCAGCAGUGCCCUUGGCAAUGAUGUGGGAGGAGGUCACGUGUGCUAUCUGCCUGGAUCCCAUGGUGGAGCCCAUGAGCAUCGAAUGUGGUCACAGCUUCUGCCAGGAAUGCAUCUCUGAGGUUGGGAAAGAUGGGGGCAGCGUCUGUCCUGUGUGCCGGCACCACUUCCUGCUCCGGAACCUCCGGCCCAAUCGACAGGUGGCCAACAUGGUGGAGAAUCUUAGAAAAAUCAGCCAGGAUGCCAAGGAGGGCACACAAGGCGAGCUGUGUGUGGUGCACAGAGAGAAACUUCACCUGUUUUGUAAGGAAGAUGGGAAGGCGCUUUGCUGGGUGUGUUCCCAGUCCCAGAAACACCGUGACCACCCCAUGGUCCCCAUUGAGGAGGCUGCUCAGGAGUACCAGGAGAAGCUCCAGGUGGCACUACAGAAACUAAGGAACAAGCAGGAGUUGGCUGAGAAGUUGGAAGUGGAUGUUGCAAUGAAGAAAGCAACCUGGAAGGGGAAGGUUGAGGCACACAAAUUGAGGGUUCACGAAGAGUUUGUAAGACAGAAAAACUUCCUGGCUGAAGAGGAGCAGAGGCAACUGCAGAAGCUGGAGGAGGAUGAGAGGGAAGAGCUGAGAGUCCUGGGGGCCACAGAGGCCGGGCUGGCCCAGCAGAGCCAGGCCCUGCAGGAGCUGAUCGCAGAGCUAGAGAGGAGGAGUCGGGGCUCAGCGCUGGAACUGCUGCAGGAGGUGAAAAGUGUCCUGGAAAGGAGUGAGUCCUGGAACCUGAAGGAGCUGGACAUCACCUCCCCAGACCUGAGGAAUGUGUGCUAUGUGCCCGGGGUUAAGAAGAUGCUGAGGACAUGUGGAGUACACAUCACUCUGGAUCCACAUACAGCCAAUCCGUGGCUCAUCCUUUCGAAGAAGAGUGAGACACGGAGACAAGUGAGGCUUGGAAACACCCAGCAGGAAAUGCCUGAAAAUGAGGAGAGAUUUGAUACCUACCCCAUGGUCCUGGGUGUCCAGCGCUUUGACUCUGGAAAAGUUUACUGGGAGGUAGAUGUGACAGGAAAGGAGGCCUGGGACCUGGGGGUUUGUAGAGACUCCGUGCAGAGGAAGGGGCAGUUUUUGCUCAGCCCCAACAAUGGCUUCUGGACAAUUUGGCUAUGGAACAAACAAAACUAUGAGGCUGGCACCUGCCCCCAUACUCCCCUCCACCUUCAGGUGCCUCCACGCCGAGUUGGGAUCUUUCUAGACUAUGAGGCCAGCACUGUUUCCUUCUACAACAUCACUGACCAUGGCUCCCUCAUCUACACCUUCUCUGAAUGUGCCUUCACUGGACCUCUGCGGCCCUUCUUCAAUCCUGGUUUCAAUGACGGAGGAAGAAAUGCGGCCCCUCUGAUCCUCUGUCCACUGACGAUGGGCUGGUAGGGAUCCAGAUGGCUCUGUCUGGACACCAGCACCUCUCUGUUGGUUCCCCUUCUCAGCCACUGGCCCUGUCUCCUUUGCCCAUGAACUCCAAACCACGUUUGUCUCUGCAGAGGUGUCAGGAUGCCAGCAGGCAAACUUUGGCAAGGAGGUCACCAGAGGUCUAUGUCAGAUGACCUGCAACACCAAUAUUCCUGCCCUGCAUUGCUUUAUGAUUCCCUCCAUGAAACAAGCUACUUGUAUUUGGCCCCCAAACUCAUCUGGAUCAACUAAAACAUGUUUCUGCCUUCCUUAUGUGAUUCGAGUUUUGUCUUCUCCUCUCCAUCUCUAGGCCUUUGGUCAGAUCCCUACUAUGUAUCUUGCAAAGGGCUUCCUAAAUAAAUUGGGCCUCAGUCUAGCCCAUCAUUCCUGUCUCGUACACAUCUAGGAUUAUCUUUCCAACAUACACGCAUCAGAUCAUGAGUGGCUCCCCACUGCCUAUAGAAAAACAGCCAUUAGCAGCCACACU